AUGAGUCUCUCCAUGGAAGAGCUCCCGGCGAUUCCGUCAAUUCUCCUGCAAGCGUUCCCCCUGGAGGCAUACCUACGGAGCCUGAGCAACAAACUGUCCGACAACAUAAAUGCGUUGCAUCGUACUGUGGUUGGCUUGCAAGAGGAGGUGAAGUGGUGCACCACAACAAUUACGAAUUUGCGUCAGUUUAUGCGGCAACGAACUCUGCUGGAGCUGGAGGAGAAGGUUGCAGAGGGUAGCAUGACGAUGCCGGAGGGGUUUUCUCUCGAGUCGCUCCUACCUGCUUUUUUGCGUGAUGACCCGACGCUCGUUGGAGGGGAGGCCGGUGCCUUCGCUGGCCAGGGGCCGGGACAAGAUCCAGGGCAGAGCGAGACCGAAGUGCGGGAUAUGCGCAAAUUCAUGGAGAAGAUGCACAUGGAACGCAUUGAGCGGAAUCGCAGGAAGGAGGAUUGGGAAAGGAAGGCGCGUCGACAGAACGAGGAGUCUCGUAAACGGUUGGAGCAGAUGUGUGAGGAGUUGCAAGUGUCGCAGAAGCGGUACAUGGAUGAGCUCGAGCGGAUUGCAGUCUGGCUUAUACCAUCGCCCGCCGAGGAAGUAGAGGAUGAGGCCCUCCGCAGUGGUAGUGUGCCGCAUCGGCAGAGCCAGUCUGGAAGAGACAGCAGCGAGCUCCAGGAGAUACUGCGGGGCGCGCCUCUCCUCGUGGAGUUCCGACGCGUUCUUAUUCGGGACAUGAUGGACCGCCUUGGGGAGGCGCGGGACGAGCAGUCCAUGACCCUCGGCAACUCCAUUGUCUCGCUGCGGGAAGAGAUGCGGAAGGAGAUGGGCCGCCGCGGCAGUACUGUGGCCGCUGGGGGCGUGGGAGCCGACGGCGGCGGCGGCGGCGGCGGCGGCGGGGGCGAGGUGGAGCGCCGACUGAAGAUAUUUGACAAAAAUUACAUGCAGCGCGGUGAGGUUGUCGCGACGCUGCAGGACAAGGCGGACCGUGCCGCCGUGGCACAGAAGGCCGACAAGGUGUUUGUGGGCGAGCUGGAGAAACGACUUUUGGGGCGCAUAGCCGAUUUGGAGGAGCGCCUGACGAUCUACGAGGCGGAGCGCGCGGAGUUUCGCAGCAUUCUGCGCUCCGUUGUGGACUUCCACCGGCGCGGCGAAGAGGCGCGCCACCGCGGCAACAGCCACCGCGGCAGAGGCGGCGGCAGAGGCGGCGGCAGCGGCGCCCACCACACGACGGGGGUACUGCCCAACUUUGUGGUGGUCGACGAGGCGGUAGAGCCCCGGCAGGCGCGGGGGCUUCAGUCGUUGGUGGCGUCGGAGCCCCGUGCACCGGGGCACGCACCGGCGUCACGCAGAACGCACAGGCCCGACUCC